GACCAACUUGUCGUUUAUCUGAAUUUUUUUACCGCUUUGUACGAGUGAUUGUGCGCUCAUAGCUCCUAAGAUUGAAGUAACCGCUGUUCAAUUUAAGAAUUACUCCAAUCUCAAAGUAACUUUGAAGUCUUGCUUUCCAGGUUAUUGCUGUAUAUCCGUUGCUACAAAUUUGUCAAUUGGGAAAGAAGUUUGAGUGAUAAUGUCUAUUCAACUCAAUGCGUCUUUGCUAAGACUUAAACUUCUUGAUGCUUUAAGAAGUGGCGAUAAUUGGAAGAUUGAUUCUUUAAUUGAAGACUUAUCAUCAACUAAAGCCACCACCCAGACCACUGACUUGAUCCAUUUGAAGGAAACUAUCUUACACUAUGCAGUUCAAGUUUCUCCGCUUUCAACUCUUCAACAUUUGGUUCAGUCAUCGGAAAAAUAUAAUCUUGAUAUAAAUUCUCAAGACCCCGACGGUAAUACUCCAUUACAUCUAGCUGCUGCCGCAUCUAGAUUAGAAGUGGUGAAAUACUUAUUGUCUUUACCGAAUAUUAAUGAUACAAUUGUCAAUUUGAAAAAAAAACAACCGGUUGAAUUAUGUAAAGAUUUGAAUAUUGCUCAAUUAAUGCAAUUUGAAAGGGCUAAGUUUGUUGAAAAACUGGCUUGUGACUUACGUCAGUUCUUUAGUAAUCGUGAUUUUGAUCAAUUGGAACAUUUAUUGGUUUCAAACCCAAGAGCUUCUGAAUUAUUGGAUAUUAAUGGUGCUGACCCUGAAUCUGGUAACACGGUUUUACAUGAAUUCAUCAUGAAAGAUGAUAUCCAAAUGUGUGACUGGAUCUUAAAGCAUGGUGGGGAUCCUUUUAAAAGAGAUAAAAAGGGCCGUUUACCAAUUGAUUUAAUCCUGUCUAAAAAUGACCCGUUAAGGAAAUUAUUGAAAACUGCCUCUAAAGAUCAAACAAUAAUGGAUCCAGUCAUCAAUACUAAUAAUGCAAUCAAAACCGGUGGAGCCCCAACCUAUAAAGGUUAUUUAAGAAAAUGGACUAAUUUUGCUUCUGGUUAUAAAUUGAGAUAUUUUGUUUUGGAUCAAUAUGGUAUUUUAUCGUAUUAUUCAAAUCAAGAUGAUACCAAUAACGCUUGUAGAGGCUCAAUAAAUCUUGGUUUUGCUACUUUACAUUUAGACUCUUCAGAAAAAUUAAAAUUUGAAAUAAUUGGUAAAAAUGGUAUUAGAUGGCACUUAAAAGCAAAUCAUCCAAUCGAAACUAAUAGAUGGGUUUGGACUUUACAAAAUGCAAUCACAAUUGCUAAAGAUAACAUAAAAAAGAAAAACUCUUCUCCUCCAGUUGCUUCAAAUCGUGUUUCUGAUGUCGAAUCAACUACAAAUGGAAAUGAAUCGGAUGUUGAUGGUAUUUCAAGAAGUAAUACCAGAACAAGUGUUGAUGAAUCAGUUACCACUACUGAAGGAAAAUCAAAACAUAGACUAUUACAUCUUCCUCGUAGAAGUAAACACAAGAAAAGUAAUUCUACAGUUUCAGAUGUCGAUGAAAUUAGUGAAACAGGUUCCGGUUCCUUAUCUAGAUCAAAUACCUUCUCGAGAGAGUCAAAUGAUCAUACUAGAACUAACUUGGCUAAAUACCCUGGUGACUCUUUACUUCCCCCUAAAGGUGAAGAUUUGAGUAUUCUGAGUAAUGCAGCUACUGAAGAUUUUGAUUACGAUAUUGAAGAUGAAGAUAGCGAAAGCGAAUCUUAUAAUCCUAAAUCUUCUCUUGAUGACUUAUCUGAUCCAUUGGUUGAUCAAGUUUCUACCGUUAAGCGUGCUUUGGAUGUUGAAAUUACGUCAUUACUAGACUUAUUUAGUUUAGUUUCCAAAUCUGAAGAUCAAGGUAAUACCGAAGUUUAUACUGUGGGUACCAAAACUUUGAAAGGUAUUCAAGACUUAUACGCUAAAUAUAACAAUUUGGUUUCCACUAGAAAUCAAAAAUUAAUUAGAAAAUUAGAAAGACAAGGAGAAGUUAAUAAAUUAUGGGAGCAAUCUAUACGUCAAUUAGAGUCUGAAAUCACGGAUCGUGAAGAUAAAUUAGCUGAAUAUGAAGGUAAAAAGAAACAAUUAAGAAAGUACUUAUCCGGCGGUGGUGCAAAAUCUGGUGCUUCAACACCUUCAUCUGUUCCUCCGAACUCUUCAAGCCGCGAUAAAAUUCCUACUGUUGGAACUUUACCUGAAGACCCUUUGAGAUCCGAUUUAUCUCCUCAAAAUACUCAAAAUCUCAACAUAAAUCAAGACGAAGUUCUCCAAAAAAUUUUGGAAGAUGAUUCCGAUGAUGAAUUCUUUGAUGCUGGUGACUUUGAUGAUGAUGAUGACGAUAAUGAACCCGAGCAACAAUCCUCUGGCUUGAAAGAUAAAGCUGCUUCUAUUGGUGCUUCUGCCGCUGGUGCUCUUGCUGGUGCCGCUGGUGCUGUCGGUGCUGUCGGUGCUAUUGGGGCUAGUGGUGUCGGUUCCAACCGCCCAACUAAGGAAAGCGAAGGCGCUGAUGUGGAUUCUAAAUCAGAAUUAGAUGAUGCCGCUACCGCUGUCAGUACUGAUGAUGCUGUUCCAACUUCUAAAGAAAAUCAUUCCACCGAGAAACCAAAUGAGUCUGGUGCAAAGACACAUGUCCCAGUAGUUAAUGUUGAGAACCCAGAGGAAAGGUCUGAAGAAAUCAGACAAUCCAGAUCUGGUAUCGAUGCUGCUACUGAAGCACAAGAAAGAAUGAAGGUUGCCCUUAAUGAAGAGGGCAGUUUCCUUGGUUACGAAAAUCCACCAAGAACAAAAUUGGCAAUGGAUGAGGAUGACAGACCAAAAGUUGGUUUAUGGGGUAUUUUGAAAUCAAUGAUUGGUAAAGAUAUGACCAGGAUGACAUUACCAGUUUCCUUUAAUGAGUGUACGUCUUUGUUACAAAGAUUGGCGGAAGAUAUCGAAUACAACCAUUUAUUAGAUACUGCAGCUUCUUACGAAGAUUCAACAUUGCGUACUGUUUAUGUGGCUGCAUUUGCAGCUUCUGAAUAUGCAUCUACUAUCAACAGAAUUGCUAAACCUUUCAACCCAUUGUUAGGGGAAACUUUUGAAUAUUGUCGUCCUGAUAAAAAUUAUAGAUUGAUCACUGAACAGGUCAGCCAUCAUCCUCCUAUUAGUGCUUGUAAUGCCCAAUCUAUCAAAUGGGACUAUUACGGUGAAAACGCUGUCGACUCUCAAUUUAAAGGUAGGUCAUUUGAUUUCACCCAUUUAGGUAAAAUGUUUUGUGUUAUUAGACCUGAUAAAGGAGUUAUUGAUAAAGACGGUAACAAAGUUGAAUCAGAAACUUAUAGUUGGAAAAAAGUCAACACCUCAGUUGUUGGUAUUAUCAUGGGUAAUCCAACUGUUGAUAAUUAUGGUAAGAUGUUGGUUACUAAUCAUACUACUGGUGAUUCUAUCAUUGUCGACAUGAAACAAAGAGGUUGGAAAGCGUCAUCUGCUUACCAAUUAUCGGGACACGUUGUGGACCCUAAAGGGAAGACUCACUGGGCUAUUGGAGGCCAUUGGAACUCUAAGAUUUUUGCUAAAAAGGUGAAUGAUGAUAGUGGUAGACGUGAUUCUUUGGUUGAUUAUAACGAAACUGCCAAAUCAAAAGAUUCUAGUGAUCCUUACAGUGGUCAAAAGUUCUUGGUUUGGGAAGCUGCUCCAAGACCAAAGGUUCCAUUUAACUUAACUGCUUUUGCAGUAACAUUAAACGGUAUUGAUAAUUCUUUGAAACCUUGGUUGCCACCUUCUGAUACUCGUUUAAGACCUGAUCAAAGAGCUAUGGAAGAUGGUAGAUACGAUGAAGCUGCUGAUGAAAAACAUAGAGUCGAGCAGAAGCAAAGAGCUGCUAGAAAAGAACGUGAGAUCAAUCGUGAAACAUACAAACCUAAUUGGUUCGUCAAGAAAACACACCCAAUUACUGGUGACAAUUUUUGGGAAUACAAUGAAAAGUAUUGGCCAACUAGAAGAGAUCAAAAAUUGGAAGGUUGUGCCGAUAUCUUCUAAGCUCAUGCUUCUUUGCUACCAAAUGAAUUUAUAAUUUUGUUUCUCUCUUCGUUUGCUUUCAAUUUUAUGACUGUACUAGUAUUUUAAAACCAUUUUGAUUUCUUUUUCCUUUUCUGUUGGCCAGUCCUGCUAUACAUUUAUAUUAGACUUCUGUUUCUUUAAACUGCUUUUUCCUUUGAACAUAAUGUUCCGC